AUGUCGUCGCGACCCAGUUCGGAGGACUCGCAAUGGCCGUUGCCAGAAGAGCCUGAGGUAAAACCUGAGAAGCAAAAAAAGAGCCUUCCGGCAAAAUUAAAAGCAGGAUGGAGUAGCCUGGGAAUUGAUAUGCCGACCCUACUCCUGAUGAUGAAUUUUCAAGCAGACACUGUGGCGUCCGAAUACAACACAGUUGGAUACCUCAUGGCCAUCAUAUCGGUGCUGGGCUUUUCUAUCAUGCCCCGCGCCAAGUUCAUCCAGAUGAUGGUCCUUGACGUAUUGGCCGUGUGUGUUGCAUCCGCAGUUACCCUGCUCAUGAUGUACUCCUGUGUAAAGGCACGACAGCACACUGAGGUGACGUCUAGUGCAGGCGCUAGCAUCGUAACCGCACCGUACAACUCUUCUGCCUCUGCCAUCAGCGGAGUUUGGCUGUUUUUUCAGAUAUACGUCGUCCACUCAUUCCGGGCCAAGUACCAGCAGUUCCAGUUCCCGGUUAUUAUUUACUCGAUUGUCGCCAACGUAACUUUCAGUUAUGCUGCGCGCAUGACGACUAUGACGGCUGCUAUAGUCAUGGUAACGAAAUUGCUCGAGACGUGCCUGAUUGGCUUGGCACUGUCCACUGGCGUAUGUUUAUUCAUCUAUCCUGUCACUUCCCGAAAGGUUGUAUUCAAACAGAUGACUGGCUAUAUUGGAUGCUUGCGCGGGGCUCUUCAGGCGCAUACUAAGUACUUCCAGUCUCUGGAAGAAGACGACAUGUUUGGUAGGGCGGAAACCUAUGAUUCAAAGGUGGAGAAAAUCACCAAGGAAGGUAAGGUAUACAGUCCUGAAGCACAGGCUAUCCGGACAGCGGUGCAAAAGAUUACCGAGAUCCAUGGUAAGCUUCACGGAGACUUGACCUUCGCGAAGCGUGAGAUUGCAUUUGGCAACCUUGGUCCUGAUGACCUCCAGGCGGUCUUUCGAAACCUCCGACAAGUCAUGAUCCCGGUAGUGGGCCUCAGCUUUACUGUAGACCUAUUCCAGCGUCUAUCAGAAUACAACAAGUGGAACUCGCCGAUCGAUCCAACCGCAACUGAUAUACCGGAUCUGGUACGCCAUCGUGUUGUCCAAGAAUGGAACGAUAUCAUGCGGGCAGUACAUGACCCGUUCAAGUCCAUGAUCCAGGCAAUCGACGAGGGCCUACAGCAUGUGUCAUUUGUCUUGAAGCUGGCAAAGCCACCAAAGAAGACAGCCACUGCCGCAAAUGGUACCACGCCAUCAAGUGGUGCCGAGGAUAUCGAGGCUUCAGCAGUUCCAUCUCCAGGCGACCAGAAUUUCGCGGCCAAUCUUGAACAGAGACUUCGUGAUUUCAAGGUUGCUAAGCGGAUAGCCCUUCGAACCUGGAGUGAAGAGAAGGGAAUCAAACUGCCUAAAGACUUCUUCGAUCGCCCCACAGAAGAUAUGGAGGACAUCAGCUAUGGUGAUCCAUUUAUUGGCCGAGAGCGCAGUCAGCGACAAUUGUACCUGUUUCUCUAUAUGGAGCAGUUGCUCAGCUCAACCGGUCAGAUGGUUUUAGAUUUUGUGAAGUUUGCGGACGAAAAACGGGACAGUGGAAAGCUCUCGAGGCGCCAUCUCAUUAUACCAGGCUGGAAGCGUUUGCGAAAAUGGGCCACAAGCUUGCUCAAGGCUGGUGACUCACACGAAGAUGACAAUAUGGGCGACAUCAACACGCAGAACCACGUUCUCCAAUUGGGUGAAGCAUACAAACACAGGAAGGAUCCAGAACACCUCCCGCCAGAGACCACCUUCCAAAAGAUAGGCGACAAGGUCAGGCUUAUCCCCGCGAUGUUCCGCACAAAAGAGUCCGCGUACGGCUUUCGGGUCGCGUGUGCCACCAUGACUAUCGCCAUUGUUGGUCUCCUUAGCGAUACCCAGACCUUUUUCAUAAAGCAACGCUUUAUCUGGGCCAUGAUCAUGGUCAACCUCAGUAUGUCCCCUACAUCAGGACAGAGCAUAUUUGGCUUCGUGCUCCGUAUCUUUGGUACUGUAUUAGCUAUGGUCCUCAGCUUCCUAAGCUGGUAUAUUCCGGGCAAAGAGACCCCUGGGAUAAUUGUUUUCUUCUUUAUAUUUCUCACCUGCGUCUUCUACGUGCCAAUCAAGCUGUUUCGCUUCCGUAUUAUUGGCAUAAUAACCAUCAUCUCAACAUCUAUGAUAGUCGGCUAUGAACUACAGGUUCGCAAAAUUGGUGAGCAAGUCGCAACAUCGAACGGACAGCAGUUUUACCCUAUCUAUCUCCUUGCGCCAUAUCGACUGGCAACCGUCACGGGCGGUAUCGCAGUGUCGUUUUUCUGGACGUUCUUUCCCUAUCCUAUAUCGGAGCACUCCGUGCUGCGCCAAAGCCUAGGUGCUUCUUUGUACCUCCUUGCUAAUUACUAUUCAAUUAUCCACGAGACUGUUUCGGCAAGGGUGCGUGGUGAGGCUGGUGAUAUGGCACUGAAGACCUCAGCCGGGCGCAGACUUUUGAAGUCACGGAACCAAGUGUUUUCGAAGCAGAUGCUGAUGCUGAAUGGUCUUCGCACGUACUCCGAAUUCCUCAAGUGGGAGGUACCGAUCGGAGGUCGGUUCCCAAAAAAGCAGUAUGAUUCUAUAAUAGCAUGCAUCGAAAAUAUCGUGAGCUACCUUAGUCUUCUGGGGUAUGCCUCUGACACAUUAUUACAAAUUGGUGACGAUGAGGAAUCCAACUCUGCCUGGCUCCAUGACUUCAAGCGACUUGUUGCCAGUGCGGGUGUUACAACCCACGAGAUCACAACUGUGCUGUGUCUUCUCUCGGCUAGCAUCACAGAUCGCAGACCUCUUCCCCCAUAUCUCAAGACACCAAGACCGUACAGCUUUUCUAAAAGACUGGAAGCGAUGGAUAAGGAUAUUCUGAAUGUAAAGCAUAUUGCAGAGCCGGGGUUCGCCACCUUUGCGGUACUACAAAUCUCCACUAGGUGUAUUGGUGGUGAUGUGGAAAGACUUAUGAAGGACGUGAAGAAGUUGGUUGGCGAACUUGACUUCUCGUUUCAUGCUGUAAGCACCGCACAUAGUGUCAAGUCGUCCUCCGAGGUAUCACGCUUUUCUAGAGUGACUGAGCGGAAUAAGCUUGAGUAG